AUGGCAACUGUCUCGAUGCCCAGACAGCCUUUCGGUGUGCUUGACAGUCCUCGUCUGGCUCAUCUGUCUGGUAUCAAGAACCGUCAGAAUGGUAUGUCAAGGCUUCGACAUGGCAGUGAUAAUGUGUUUGAUAAAUCGGUGGCUGACAUUGCNGUGAAUGCAGGCAUAGUCAAGACUCCUAGUCCAUUGUCUGGCAAGGCAAAGAUGGUUGUUCCGACAUCGUCACCAAGUCUGAAGCCUUCUGCGAAGCGUCGCAUCACUCCUUCCUUUGACGAUUUCGAUGGACAGAACGACGACGCCGAAAAUGUGAAUCCCAACAUGUUCCUCUCACCAAUGAAGCGCACCAAGAUGGACUUGUCCUCGACGACUCUGAAGCCUAAAGGUCUCAGCACACUGCCAUCCUCAUUCAACUUCACCUUCAACCCUACCAAGACGACACCUACAACUUCCAUGCCUCCUCCAUCCAUCGUUCCUUCCCGUCUGUCUACUCCGAUGAAGUACGCUGGCGUGACCAAACCUUCCACAAGAACACCACUCACUGCCCCUGCUGGAAGAUCUCCCAAGUCAAAACGCGACCGUCGCAGGCUCAGCGUUCACACUCCCGUCACUCGUGGUGACUCGUCCACACACUCUCGACCAUCUGCCCGUACCGGACUGCCUUUCAGCAUUGAUGCUGCUCUCACUGCCUCGUUGAAGACCCCUGCUCCUGCAGCUGCUUUGCCGAAGCCUGCAUCAUCAAUCGAAGAGUCAAUGCCCAGUUCAUGGUUCUUUGCUAUCCACGAAGACACUGCCGAGGAGGAGGCCGAGAACCUUAUGGAGCACUCUACUCUGACUCUGGACCUCUCUUCUGAUGACGAGUCCGCCACAAAGGCGAACGAGGACCGAGGCAAGGAGAAUGUUGCUCCUGCUGACUACGAUCCCGUCACUUCUUCAGCUUCCUCUCCUCGCCCAUCUCGCCGUUCACAAAAGUCAGCCGCUGACAUGGAGACCGAUGAGACUUCACGUGCGCCCCUCGGCUCCCUAGACACAAUCGAGUUCAUACCUGAAGGCUUGACGAAGGACUCAGUCGUUGUCAUCAACGAUCUUCCAGAGUCAUGCACAUUCGAAGCACCUGCAGAGAAGCAAGAGCUCGAAUGCAACCCGCCUAUCAUCAUCUCACCACCUAAGAAGACAUGCCUGUCAAACCUCAAGGAUGAAAUCUUCAUCUUCGAAGACGAAUCUGCCAGUCCUGCUCCGUCCACUGGUGGAAAGCGCAAGAGAAGCGCUGACGACGAUGAGGAUGAGUGA